UGGGGAGAUGGGGGCCCUUGCCAACUUCAUCACAUACCUGCCUCCCUCCCUCUCCUCUCACCCCUAUCCCCCCUUCUCUCUCUCUCUCUCUCUCUGCUUGUCUGCGAGCGAGCCAGCAGGGGUCCGGAACGUCUAGGGUUCUCCACAGGGGUUUAAGCUAGCAAGGAAGGGAGGGAGCUGCGUCGAUGCAGAACCUCCCCGUUCCGUACAACCCACUUGAUCUGAGGCUGUAGAUCUGCAUCGUCUUCAUCCGCCCUUCCUCCCAGAUGAACCGAGGAGCAAUGGAUGGAGAGAUUAUCGGGGGACUCAUAAACAGUAUUUCUCGAUUUAUUCAUCUGGUGGCUUGCCAGACGAUAAAAAGUGCUGCUAUAAAGGACUUCAGAAAAAUAGUUGGCAUAUUGAAGCUCUUGAAGCCUGUUCUGGAUGAAGCACUUGAUUCGGAAUUGCCUUUGGAUGGGCAUCUUGUAAAAGAAUUUGAAGAGUUAGAUGUGGCUGUAAAUGAUGCUAGAGAGCUACUGGAGAAGGCUCCCCAGAGAAUGAGCAAGAUAUACAGUGUUUUACAAAGUGAGCCCAUGUUGUUGAGGGUCCAGAAGUCAGCAUCAGAGAUAUGUCAUUUCUUGAGUGCAUUACAAUCAUCUCCAUUCUCCGCUAGCAUCCAGCAUUGUAUGCAGGAGGUUCAAUAUAUGGAGCAGGACCCAAUAUCAGAACUCAUUGAUCAUGCUCUUAAAGACUUAAAGGAAAAUACCAUACCUAGCCUUGAUGAUGUAAUAAAGAUUAUGGAUACUCUUAGUUUGGCAUCAAAUCAGGAACUUCUGAUGGAAAGUAUUGCUCUCGAGAAGGAAAAAGCAAAGGCUGAACUUAAAUCAAAAACAGAAAUUAUUGAUCAUAUAAAUUGGAUCACUGUUCUAGUGUCACACAUCUGCUAUUGUAUGGAGAAACUUGAACAGUUUGGGUUUGUCAAUGGGGUUCCUGUUCCCUUACAUUUCCGCUGCCCUCUAUCUUUGCAACUUAUGCUAGAUCCAGUAAUUUUGGCCUCAGGUCAAACAUAUGAAAGAUCUUUUAUACAGAAAUGGCUGGAUAAUGGGCUCAGAUUUUGUCCAAAGACACGCCAAACUCUCGUCCACACAAAUCUAAUUCCCAAUUACACGGUCAAGGCACUUAUUGCAAACUGGUGUGAGAAAAACAACAUAAAGUUAGAUGUUUCUGCACAGCCUGAGAAUAUCUCUUAUCCUUAUUCAUCAAUUGCAGCUUUUGAAGAUAUCCAGCAUGAAGAUGACCAUAGACAUUCCACCUCCAGAUCCUCUCUUGAAAGCUAUGAUAAAACUGAACUGCAUAAAGUUAAGAUAUCAUCAGGCUGUGGUCAACAAGAUUGUUCCAAUUAUAGCCAUCACCAAACAAUGGCAGAUAAGGUUAAUUUGCAAGGUGAUGCUUUGGUUGAGAAAAAUAGUUGCCAUAGUCACAGUGAAUCAAUUUCAAGUGUCAUUUCUAGCAUUGAGGUUAUGAGUAAGUUUGAUGAAAAAGUUAGUUUGCCGGGAGACAUCACUUAUCCAUCAUGUUUACCCUUGAAUAAAGAACUCAGUUCUUCCUCAUGGCUUUGCUCGAACCAGCAUUUUGGUUCUAAAAACGGGCAUGGAAUUGAUGACAAGGGUCAACCUUUGCUCCAAAGCUCAAGGUUGGAUGAUCUUACGACCGCUCCCCAUGUUCAAAAUAUAAUUGAUGAUCUAAAGAGUGAAGCACCUGAAUUGCAAACAGCUGCUGCAUCCAAGUUGAGACUUCUUGCAAAGAACAAUAUGGAAAAUCGUGUCCUUAUUGGGAAGUGUGGGGCCAUCCCUUCACUAGUCUCCUUGUUGUACUCGAAUGUAAAGAAGGUUCAGGAAAAUGCUGUAACUGCCCUGUUGAACUUGUCCAUUAAUGACGAUAACAAAGUUCUUAUAGCAGAAGCAGGAGCUGUUGAACCACUUAUACAUGUGCUGGAAUGUGGUACCACAGAGGCCAAAGAGAACUCAGCAGCAGCAUUCUUCAGCCUCUCUGUCAUGGAUGAAUAUAAGGCAAAAAUUGGACGUUCUGGUGCUGUUAAGGCAUUAGUUUAUCUUUUGGAAACUGGUAGCGUUAGAGGAAAGAAAGAUGCUGCUACUGCAUUGUUUAAUCUUUCAAUAUUUCAUGAGAACAAGGCAAGGAUAGUCCAAGCUGGAGCAGUAAAAUACCUCAUCAAGCUGAUGGAGCUAAGCACAGGAAUGGUUGACAAAUCUGUGGCUCUUUUAGCUAAUCUAUCAACGAUACCUGAAGGACGAAUAGCUAUCGCCCAGGAAGGUGGCAUACCACUGCUUGUUGAGGUUGUUGAGACAGGCUCUCAACGGGGAAAGGAAAAUGCAGCAUCAACUUUGUUCCAACUCUGUCUAAGUAGCCAGAAAUUUUGCAGUCUAGUAUUGCAAGAGGGAGCUGUGCCACCUCUUAUUGCACUUUCCCAGUUUGGAACGCCCAGAGGAAAAGAAAAGGCACAACAGAUCCUAAGCCACUUCCGCAGUCAGCGUGAGGGGGCGGCACGAAAGAAGAAAUCGUGAUAUCUUCUGCUGAUCAUAUGAUUCUGUUGGAUCCUCUAAGAAUAAGUGCGGCAGUCAUAUAAAGUUUGCAUUAUUAUGAGGUAAUCCGUUUUGAUUCAUAAAGCUGCGUGUAUCUGUUUUCCAGACAUGAUGACACCUCAAUCCGAGCAUGGGGGAGGCUUAAAUGAUGUGGAACUUGUGGAGGUAAAGGUUGAUUUUGAUGUGCUCUUCUUCUCUUUUGUUUGGAUUGUAAAUAUAGAUAUUGUAAAUGCGAUGCACAAAUUGGAUUUAGUUGUUAUUACUACCGGGUGCAGUAUCAGGUUUUUUUUGUUCUCUUCAUGUUCCUCUUGCUACAUGUAAUGGUCUUGUAAUCUAACUCUUUGGCAUAAGCUGUUACCAAUUUUCCUUAGGCA